AUGGGCGAAAUCCAAGUGUCCCCAUUCGGCACUCGUGCCCGUUUCGCGAUGCUGAUGCUCGUGCUGUUGUGCUUGACAAGUGUUUGGUCCAACAUCUUGACCUUUAACUUCGCCAUCAUUUGCAUGGGAAAUCAUCAGCAAAACGGCACAAACGAGACCACCCAGGAUCCGGUGUUCACAAAAACGGAGCAAAAAUACGCGAUCUCGAUCGUUGCCGUGGCGGCGAUACUCGCGAAUUUUCCAGUGUUAUCCUUGGUGAACCACUAUCAAAUCCGGACGAUUUUCGGAGUGGCUGGCCUCCUCUCAGCCAUCGUUACACUUGCCAUUCCACCGGCUAUUCGAGCCGGUUUCUAUUACUUCUUGGCUCUUCGCUUUGUCCACGGUGUCGCGUUCGCUGUGAAUCUCCCAGUGAUCGGUGCCUUCUGCUCUAAAUGGGCAUAUUACAAGCAGAAUGGUCUCUUCGUGGCGGGACUCGUCGCUUACCUCCAAGUUGCCCCAGCUUUCACCAAUCCGGUCUCCGGCGGGAUUUGCCAUGUUUUCGGUUGGUCAGCCAUUUUCUACUUCCAUGGCGCAGUCGGCCUAGUGCUCUUCCUUGUCUACGGUUUCUUUUAUCGAAACAGUCCCGGAAAGCAUCCAUUCGUGAGCGAUGUUGAGAAGAAUAAAAUCCAGAUCGGGAAAUCGACAACUGACAAGAAAGCGUUGAAGCAAGUCCCGUAUGGAAAGAUCGUGCGAACACCGGCCAUUUGGGCUGUUUGGAUUGCUUCUUUUGGCAAUUUCACUGUCAUCAACAUGAUCUUUCUCUACUCGCCGAUCUAUCUAAGCACUGUGCUCGGCUACUCAGUGACAAAUACGGGUUUCACAGCCGCGCUCGCUCCUCUCGCUCAAGCAAUCAUGAAGGUUGUGGUCGGUCAACUCAGCGACAAGAUCAAAUUCCUUUCUGAGGUGAACAAAUUGCGGAUGUUCAACACGAUCGCUUUCUUCGGUUGUUUCUUCUUCCUCUGCUUGUUGGCGUUCACCGAUCCACUUACACAAGUCGUGCACUUUAAGUUAUCGCUGAUUUUCUUCGGCUGUGCUGGUGGAAUUGUUGGGGCGAAUACAGGCGGUUUCUUCCGCGCCGCACCUAUCCUCAGUCGGCAGUACAGUCAUUUUGUGACUGGAAACAUCUCAUUGGGCAUUUCGAUCACAAUGUUUUUGGUGCCUUUCUUUGUCACCCCGAUGACGCCGAAUAACACGGCCGAAGAAUGGAGAGUCGUUUUCUUGUGUCUCGGUGGAGUGAUGGCAAUCUGCAACGUGAUCUUUUGCAUUUUCGUGCGCGGAGAGCCAUGCGAAUGGACAAAGGAGGAUUUCGUCAUCACCAGGACCUCCGUCGUGCAACCGACCCAAAUUAACGAGCCACGAAAGUUC